GUCCCCCUGUCAGUGGAGGAUGGGAUACUUCAACCUGGGGAAUAAAAUCAAACGCAGAGCCGCAGAGUCAACCAGCAACCUCUCCCAAAGCAAUUACAAAGCCAGUUCGGAGAACGGUGGUAGAUGAAUCUGAAAAUUUCUUCAGUGCCUUUCUCUCGCCAGCGGAUGUCCAGACCAUUCAGAAGAGUCCAGUGGUAUCCAAACCGCCGGCUAAAUCACAGAGACCAGAAGAAGAAGUGAAAAGCACCUUACAGGAGACCGUGCACACUGGAGGGUCAAGAACACCUGAAACAACUGAGUCAAAAGGGACUGACUCUUUUCCCUGUGUCUCCCCAGGGGAAAAUCGGGCAGUCGCCACUCUGUCACCUAAAGCUGAAGGCGAGCAUGGAGAAACCGUUAAUAAAGAUUCUGAUAUGAAGGUGUCAACCACAAGUUUGAAAGUAUCUGAGAGUGUAAUUAAUGUUAAAACAACUAGGGAAAGUGUAUCUAACAUGUCUACGCAGUCUCCCACAGCAGAAACAAAGGACAUAGCUUCAGAAGCAAAGGAACAGAAACACGAAGACAGACAGAGCAAUACACCUUCUCCUCCCGUUAGUACCUUCUCCUCAGGUACUUCUACUACCAGUGAUAUUGAAGUUCUAGAUCACGAAAGUGUAAUAAGUGAGAGCUCAGCAAGUUCCAGACAAGAGACUACAGAUGCAAAAUCAAGUCUUCACUUGAUGCAGACAUCUUUUCAGCUUCUCUCAGCAUCUGCUUGUCCUGAGUAUAAUCGUUUAGACGACUUCCCCAAACUCACUGAGAGUUGCUGCUCAUCUGAUGCUUUUGAAAGAAUAGACUCGUUUAGUGUACAGUCAUUAGAUAGCCGAAGUGUAAGUGAAAUCAAUUCAGACGACGAAUUGUCAGGCAAGGGUUAUGCUUUAGUACCUAUUAUAGUUAAUCCUUCAACCCCAAAGACUAAAGUAGUUGAACCUGUUGAAGGAAAAUCUGAGGAAGAAGUAAAUGAAACAGUUAUACCCACUGAGGAAACAGAAAUGGAAGAAAGUGGACGGAGUGCAACUCCUGUGAACUGUGAACAGCCUGAUAUCUUGGUUUCUUCUCCGCCAAUAAAUGAAGGACACACUGUCUUAGACAAGGUGGUUGAGCAGUGCGAAGCUGCAGGAAGUCAGCCAGAAGCACUUUCUGAGGAGGAGGACAUUUGCAAGAAAGUUGCAUUUCUGAAUGAGAAACUGGACAAAAGGGAGGCUCAGUUAUUAUCUCUUAGUAAAGAAAAAGCACUUCUAGAAGAAGCUUAUGAUAAUCUGAAAGAUGAAAUGUUCAGAGUGAAAGAAGAAAGCAGCAGCAUUUCUUCCUUGAAAGAUGAGUUUGCUCAAAGAAUUGCAGAAGCAGAAAAGAAAGUUCAGCUAGCCUGCAAAGAGAGAGAUGCUGCUAAAAAGGAAAUCAAAACUAUGAAAGAAGAACUUGCGACCAGAUUAAAUUGUAGUGAAACUUCAGACCUUUUGAAAGAGAAAGAUGAGCAGAUCCGAGGCUUAUUGGAAGAAGGAGAAAAACUUUCAAAACAGCAGUUGCAGAGUUCUAACAUCAUUAAGAAAUUAAGAGCUAAAGACAAAGAGAAUGAAAAUAUUAUUGCAAAGUUGAAGAAAAAAGUUAAAGAGCUAGAAGAAGAGUUGCAACAUUUGAAACAGGUCCUUGAUGGUAAAGAAGAAGUUGAGAAACAACAUAGAGAAAAUAUUAAAAAACUAAAUUCUGUGGUCGAACGUCAAGAGAAAGAUCUUGGCCAAUUUCAAGCGGCUAUGAAUGAACUUGAAGAAAAGAACCGAAGUAUUCAGGCUGCUCUUGACAGUGCAUACAAAGAACUUACUGAUCUUUACAAAGCCAAUGCUGCAAAGGCUAGUGAGGCACAGGAAGCUGCUCUGAGUCACGAAAUGAAAGCUAAGGAAGAACUUUCUGCAGCUCUAGAGAAGGUCCAAGAAGAAGCCCGUCAGCAGCAAGAAACAUUAGCCAUUCAGAGACUCCAGGAAGCAGAAAAUCGAAACCAGGAACUGAGUCAAAGUGUUUCGUCAACGACAAGACCAUUGCUUCGACAGAUAGAAAAUUUGCAGGCGACACUAGGGUCCCAGACAUCGUCGUGGGAGAAGUUAGAGAAGAGUCUCUCUGACAGGCUGGGUGAAUCUCAGACCUUGUUGGCAGCAGCCGUUGAAAGAGAACGUGCGGCUACGGAAGAACUCCUUGCCAACAAAAUUCAGCUGUCUUCCAUGGAGUCCCAGAAUUCUCUCUUAAGACAAGAAAACAGUAGAUUUCAGGCCCAGCUAGAAUCAGAGAAAAAUAGGCUAAUAAAACUGGAAGAUGAAAAAAAUAGGUACCAGGUUGAAUUAGAAAACCUAAAAGAUGAUUAUGUGAGAACACUGGAAGAGACAAGGAAAGAAAAGACACUGUUGAGCAGUCAGUUAGAAAUGGAGAAAAUGAAAGUUGAACAAGAACGGAAGAAAGCCAUUUUUACUCAAGAAGCAAUAAAAGAAAAGGAACGGAAGCCAUUUUCUGUUUCUAGCACGCCUACAAUGUCACGAUCAAGUUCAAUAAGUGGAGUUGAGAUGGCAGGGCUGCAAACAUCUUUCCUGUCUCAGGAUGAGCCUCAUGAUCUCUCACUUGGACCAAUGUCUGUAUCAGCAAGUGGAAGCAAUCUUUAUGAGGCUGUAAGGAUGGGGGCAGGAUCUAGCAUUAUCGAAAAUCUACAGUCCCAGCUACAACUAAGGGAAGGAGAAAUUACUCAUUUACAGGUAGAAAUUGGCAGUCUAGAAAAAACACGCUCCAUAAUGGCUGAAGAGCUAGUUAAAUUAACAAAUCAAAAUGAUGAACUUGAAGAGAAAGUGAAGGAGAUACCCAAACUUCGAACUCAGCUAAGAGAUUUGGAUCAGAGAUACAACACUAUUUUGCAGAUGUAUGGAGAAAAAGCAGAAGAGGCGGAAGAACUUCGAUUAGAUCUUGAAGAUGUAAAAAAUAUGUAUAAGACUCAAAUAGACGAACUUUUAAGACAGAGGCUCAGUUAACUUCUGAAAAUUACAUUCCCAUCAAACUGAAUGUAAUCAUUUAAUAACUAAAUGCAGACUUUCAAUAAAUUCUCUUGUAGAAUUAGAAAGUGGAAUUUAUUAUAGAGAUAAAACAUUGGAAAAAGUUUUAUAGUAUAUAGUAAUAUUUGCAGUUAAAUUAUUUUGUGCAAUAUUUGAACUUUAUUUUUGAAACUAUCUUUAAAGAUUUAUUUUUUAAAGCAUCUUUUUUUUUUUCCAUGAAUAGCACCGAGAUUUAUUACUUUAUCCUUAUGUCAGUAUGGUUGGGGAAGAAGAAUGGUGUUCAUACAUUGUAUUAUAGAUAAAAACUAAUUAUAUCUGUAAUUUAUAUGUUUGUAUAUAUUGAGAACAUUUAAUGAGUGAUAUUGACAUAUUGAAACUUUGAAAUCUUUCACACUUAAAUCUUCAACAUUUCUAUUUACUACUCAUGAAAAUGGACAUUAAGUGUCCAAUUUUAAAAAAAUAUUAAACUUCCUGUUACUAAA